AUGAAAACGUUUUGGACCAAGAAAGGCAUAGCUCAAUGUGAAGUACAUCCCAUAUUUGGCAGUUUGACAUUUUUGCAGAAAAUUAACCCUGGUCUGUGGAUGGCAGAUAUCUAUAAUAAGUAUCGCUGUCCUUACGUUGGUAUUUGGGUAUUCUGGCGACCCGGCUUAGUGGUCAAUUGCCCUUCUAUUGCUCGGAAUAUACUUCUCAAAGAUUCGGACAACUUCAGGAACAGACUCCUCGGAACAGGAACAGCUGAUAAACUGGGCACCCUGAACUUGUUUACUUGUAAUGAUCCUUUGUGGACUAUAGUCCGCAAGAAGCUAACGUCUGUAUUUACAGCGUCAAAACUAAGAGGUUGGGAAGAUCUCUAUAAGAGCAAAUCGGCUGAUCUAGUACAGAGAAUCAAAUCUGACAACGAAAAUGGCAUCACUAACAGUUUAAAGCCUUUGUUCGCUGAUUAUGCAACCGACAUUAUUGGAGAAUCAGCGUUUGGUAUCAAAUGUGAAGCAACCAAACAUAGCACGGGGCCACUUAGGGCAAUGACUAAGGAAUUCGAAAAGUAUGACACCUUUCGGGGCAUUCAGUGGUCGUCUAUUUUCUUUUUUCCAGAACUGGCUGAUUUUUUGAGAUUCACAUUCUGGCCAAAACAUACGAUGACGUACUUCAGAAAAGUAUUUAGCAUGAUUGUGAAAGAACGUGGAGGAUACGAGAAAGAGACAGAUGGAAGGAGGGAUCUUAUGGAUGCUCUAUUAAAGAUGAAACAAGACGCAAUGAAGGAGAAUCAAAAUUUGGAUGAAGUGGUAGUAAUUUCAAACGCUAUGAUUUUCCUGCAAGGUGGUUACGAUACUACUGCUACUACGUUGACUUAUAUCAUUUACGAGCUGGCCCAUCAUCCUCAAUAUCAACAAAAGGUUUAUGAAGAACUAAUAGAAGCAAAAAGCAACAAUGAUGACAAAGAGCUCAAAGAAAGUGAUUUAGGACAGCUUCCAUACUUCAAUGCAGUUAUAAAAGAGACUUUGAGGAAAUAUCCAGCCAUGGGUUGGCUAGAUCGCAUUGCUUUGAAGGAGUACCAGGUCGAUCAACAUCUGACGAUACCAGCUGGAACUGUUGUCUAUAUCAACAUUAAUGGCAUGCAACAAGAUCCUACAUUGUUCCCCGAUCCUACAACGUUCAAACCUGAAAGAUUCCUGCCCGAAAAUGUGAAAAAUAUCAAGCCAUACACAUACAUGCCUUUUGGAGAGGGACCAAGAUCUUGUAUAGGUAAGCGGUUCGGUAUGUUUAGCUUAAGCUUUGCUCUUGCGGCCUUAAUCAGCAACUUCAUACUGAAACCUUUACCUAACGCACCAGCGCCGAAUGAUGCAGCGAUUGAUAAUAAGGGAAUGUUCUACUCCCCCGGUGAAGCGCUUUCAGUCCAGUUCAUAUCGAGGAACUAA